GUCACUUCUCGUACGCUCUCUCUAUUGGAGGCCGGCUUGCCGUUAGGCGGGCCCCGCUGCGAGGCGGAAGCAGCCGCAGGCAUGGCGGCGGCCCUGCCGCUCGCUGUGCUCUUGCUGCUGCUCCUAGGGCCCGGCGGCUGGGUCCAUGCACAGACCCCACGCGACAGCCUGCGAGAGGAGCUCGUCAUCACCCCGCUGCCUUCUGGAGACGUAGCCGCCACAUUCCAGUUCCGUACACUCUGGGAUUCGGAGCUGCAGCAGGGAGAAGUGUCUCAUUAUAGGCUCUUCCCAAAGGCCCUGGGGCAAUUGAUCUCCAAGUAUUCUCUCCGGGAGCUGCACCUGUCACUCACGCAAGGCUUUUGGAGGACUAGAUACUGGGGACCACCCUUCCUGCAGGCCCCAUCAGGUGCAGAGCUCUGGGUCUGGUUCCAAGACACCGUCACUGAUGUGGACAAGUCUUGGAAGGAGCUCAGUAACGUCCUCUCAGGGAUCUUCUGCGCCUCUCUCAACUUCAUCGACUCCACCAACACAGUCACUCCCACUGCCUCCUUCAAACCUUUGGGGCUGGCCAAUGGCACCGAUCACUAUUUCCUGCGCUAUGCUGUGCUGCCGCGGGAGGUGGUUUGUACUGAGAACCUCACUCCGUGGAAGAAGCUCUUGCCCUGUAGUUCCAAGGCAGGCCUCUCUGUGCUGCUGAAGGCUGAUCGCUUGUUCCACACUAGCUACCACUCCCAGGCAGUGCAUAUCCGUCCUGUGUGCAGAAAUGCACGCUGUACCAGCAUCUCCUGGGAACUAAGGCAGACCCUUUCUGUUGUAUUCGAUGCCUUCGUCACUGGGCAGGGGAAGAAAGAUUGGUCCCUCUUCCGGAUGUUCUCCCGAACCCUCACAGAGCCCUGCCCCCUGGCUUCAGAGAGCCGAGUCUAUGUUGACGUCACCAGCUAUAACCAGGACAAUGAGACAUUGGAGGUGAACCCGCCCCCCCUCAGCACAUACCAGGAUGUCAUCCUGGGCACCCGGAAGACCUAUGCUGUCUACGACUUGUUCAAUACGGCUGUAAUCAACAACUCCCGCAACCUCAACCUCCAGCUCAAGUGGAAGAGACCCUUGGAGCAUGAGGCCCUGCCAGUGCCCUUCCUGCACGCCCAGCGAUACGUGAGUGGCUACGGGCUGCAGAGCGGGGAGCUGAACACUCUGCUGUACAACACCCACCCGUACCGGGCCUUCCCUGUGCUGCUGCUGGACACCGUGCCCUGGUACCUGCGGCUAUAUGUGCAUACCCUCACCAUCACCUCCAAGGGCAAGGAGAACAAACCAAGUUACAUCCACUACCAGCCUGCCCAGGACCGGCUGCAGCCCCACCUCCUAGAGAUGCUGAUUCAGCUGCCAGCCAACUCGGUCACCAAGGUCUCCAUCCAGUUUGAGCGGGCACUGCUCAAGUGGACUGAGUACACCCCGGACCCCAACCAUGGCUUCUAUGUCAGCCCGUCCGUCCUCAGUGCCCUCGUGCCCAGCGUGGUAGCAGCCAAGCCCGUGGACUGGGAGGAGAUCCCCCUCUUCAACAGCCUGUUCCCAGUCUCGGACAGUUCUAGCUACUUCGUGCGGCUCUACACGGAGCCGCUGCUGGUGAACCUGCCAACGCCAGACUUCAGCAUGCCCUACAACGUCAUCUGCCUCACGUGCACGGUGGUGGCCGUGUGCUAUGGCUCCUUCUACAAUCUUCUUACCCGAACCUUCCACAUCGAGGAGCCCAAAACGGGUGGCCUGGCCAGGAAGCUGGCUAACCUCAUCCGCCGUGCCCGUGGUGUCCCCCCACUCUGAGACUUGACCUUGUCACAGCUGGGGCUGCUGUUUCUCUCUGGGAAGGGGUGGUGGUGACCCCAAGGGCCAUUUCUGCCACUUGCUGUCCCCAGACUUGGCUCUUAAACCAAACUGUCCCUGGACUAGGCCAGGACAUGGAGCUGUACUGUGCCAUACAGUAGCCACAAGCCAAAUAUGGCAUUUGAAUUUAAAUAAAUUUAAAUUAAAAAUUCAUUUCCUCAGCUGUGCUAACUGCAUUGCCAGUGCUCAGUAACCGAAAGUGGUUAAUGGCUACUGUAUUGGACAUGCGGACAGACAUUUCCAUCAUUGUAGAAAAUUCUGUUGGACGGCACUGCCCUAGGUAGUGGGUGUGCUACAGAUUCGUUUCACUGUGUGGUAGAUGGAAUUUACUGGUUGUGGAAUAAAAAGUGACUGCUUCCUUGC